AUGCAAGAGUCAGAGACACCCGAAGAUGGACCCAUGCGUAGGCAAUCAGGCCAGCCUUCGACGAUUAUCCUUGCACUAGAGUUCCCGACACAUAGGAUUGUACUUACACAAGGGGAAGUAACAAAGCUAUGCACCUCCCAAUGGACUCGAUUGACAAUGAAGCGCGAAGUUAGACCACAAGCAUACUCCACUUGGCCUCCUCCCAUUUUUUCGCAACAUAUACUUAGGCGGACACGAAGCUAUGAACAUCGACAUCGUAUGAAGCUUGACACUCGCGAAGGAAUAACUAGCCCACGUCGUAUCGACAUUCCGAUGUACAUCGCACACGGAACGUACACAGCCUAUGGUGAGCCGAGCAUACUGAUGGUGAUCGCACUGGGAGUGCUCUCGGACGGAACCUCCCCUAAGCGUGCUCAGGAAAUCGAAAAAACGGUUACUAUUCGAAGCCGGGGUUACGGGAACGGGAACACCACUACGUUCCUUCGCAACAUAAUGUCUGAUAUAUUCGCAUGCACACUACACUCACAUGCACUGAGCUGGGACAAGAUCAAGUGCGAGUGCUUCCUCGCAUUGGCAGCCCUAAAGCUAUACACGCAACAAAGGCACACAGCCCAUCUUGCUUUGUGGGGUGCCCAAUGGCCUGGUGUGCAGGGUGCUCUGUGGUACACAGGGUCAGCGCGUCGAUCGGUACGGUAUUCAAUAAUGCGCAGUAAGACUGCUACACCUUCAUCCUCUUCCGAUACUCCUCUCGCAACAGGGAGACUUCCGGACUGCCCACAACCAUUCCCGCGCGAUGCAAUCAUACGGACCGCCGCGGAUCGAAUACUGCUGUGGAAGAUGUGUCAACGGGAAAGCAUGACGACGAAGAAAAAGCGCAAGGCGGCAGAGGUCGACGAGGACAACGCUGGGGUGCAGGUGUUACAGGCGGAGGUCGCUGAAGCGCAUCCGACAAAGAGAGUGAGGCGGCAGGCGGCCAAGAGCAGGAGGCGUUGA